AUGUGGGAGGUUAGAAUUUGUAUUUGUUCAAGUUAUUCAUUCAAGUGUUCAUUUGUAUCUAUUGGAGUAGAGUUGUCUUCUAGAAGUGUAUAUGCUUUAGUAGAAGUGGUUGAAAAUCCGUUGUCUAUUUCUGGUGCGAGUGCAAAGCUUUGA